AUGAGUGCAAUACUAUCUGCCGACGAUCUCAACGACUUCAUUUCACCCGGAGUGGCGUGUAUAAAGCCUCCAGCACAGAAUAGCGAUCAAAAGUUCAACCUGCUAAACGAGAAUGGAGAAGUAGAAAUACAGAUAGAUAGCGAGGGCAACCCUUUGGAGAUUUCAAAAAUCGACGGGAAGCAGACAAACUUGCUGCCUGCCCAAAUAUCGUUGGCAGACUGUUUGGCAUGCUCUGGCUGUAUCACAUCUGCUGAAGAAGUGUUGGUAGCUCAGCAUUCGCACGAAGAGUUGAUCAAAGCGUUGAAUGAGAAAGUUGACAAUAAUAGUACCAAAGUAUUUGUAGCGAGCAUAUCACACCAGUCUCGUGCUUCAUUAGCUACAGCGUAUAACUUGUCUAUCGAAGAGAUCGACAAACUCCUCAUCAACCUAUUCAUCAACCAGAUGGGGUUUAAGUAUAUUGUAGGGACUUCUAUAGGGAGAAAGCUUUCUUUGAUCAACGAAGCGCAGAAUUUGAUUGAAAAGAAGGAAUCCGAGUUUGACGGCCCUGUUCUUUCAUCCAUUUGUCCUGGUUGGGUGUUAUAUGCGGAAAAAACUCAUCCUUACGUUUUGCCCAGAAUGUCCACUGUGAAGUCCCCUCAGCAGAUCACUGGAUGUUUGUUAAAGACGUUAGCAGCGCACGAGCUUGGAGUCACCAGAAACGAUAUAUACCAUCUAUCCAUAAUGCCAUGUUUCGACAAAAAGUUGGAAAGCGCAAGGCCAGAAAAGUACGGAGAACAAAAUACUUCCAACGAUGUAGACUGUGUUCUCACAGCAAAAGAAUUGGUCACCUUGCUUGAACAGCAUUCUGAUAAGUUUCAGUUAAUACCACCGCAAGCACAUACUAUCACCAACUCUGCCAUCCCUGUAGUAGAUUUGUACAGUAAAUGUGCACCUCGAACAUGGCCCCUCGUGCAAUACUCUUGGUCCAAUGAUAGCGGUUCUGCUUCAGGAGGCUACGGUUACAACUAUUUAAAGAUGUACCAGAAUCAUUUGAUAAUGAAGCAUCCGACAAAGUACCAGCAAGAAGGAUUUUCUAUCGACUAUGUAAAGGGCCGUAAUACCGAUCUCACAGAAAUGAGGUUGAUGUAUGGAAGCGAAAAGCUUGCUAGUUCUGCCAUCGUAAAUGGGUUCAGAAACAUUCAAAAUUUAGUUCGCAAGUUGAAACCUACAGUCAAGCCGGGUUCGACUACAGGCAAAGGAAAUGCUUUAGUGGCUCGCCGCAGAGCUAGGGUUGCUGGAGGAAUAACAAAGGCUAGCUCACCUGCUGGUUCAGACGAAAGCGCAGAUGCUUCCAAGUGCGACUAUGUAGAGAUCAUGGCAUGUCCAAAUGGUUGUAUAAAUGGCGGAGGCCAGAUCAAUCCUCCUGAAGAUGUUUCUGAAAAGGAUUGGCUUUCUGCAAGUCUUGAAAAGUACAACCUGAUUCCAUUGUUGGACUUGGCAGCAAUGGAAAAUGUGGAUACGGUGGCCGAGAUUAUGCAAUGGAGUUGUUUAUUCCGCGAGGAGUUUGGAGUCUCGGAAAAUAGGCUCUUGAAGACGUGGUUUAAUGAAGUCGAGAAGCCCACAGACUCGGCUUCUAUUUUAUUGGGUGCCAGGUGGUAG